AUGCCAUUCAACUCUGCCGUUCAAUAUAAUCAAGGUGUGGACGGCUCCAAACCCAAUAUAGUUUUCAUCGAUGACGAAGAUGAUAAAUUCAACUUUGAGCAUGCCAGAAAUUUAGAUUCUUCAAACUCACAACUGCGACCUGAAAACCAUAAUAUUGACAACCCCAAUCCUCCAAAUUAUACACCUGAGCGCUAUCUCGAAAUGAGAAACCGAAAUGUUGGUCAACACUGGUAUCCAGGAGUUCCUCGUCCAGACAUUGGACAGUACUAUUGGUACUAUUGA